CCAGUCUGGGGUCUGCAGGGGAGCAGUCGGUGCGGCCGCUUUGCCCAUAGGUGGAGCACUCUGCGAGGGGUUGCCCGCGGCUGGAACCGCAAGUUUGUUUCCAGCUGAGCGGAGCCCUGCGCCACCUCCUCAGCCCGAGCCCCGAGCCCCGAUGCUGCGCGCCCUGCCCCGUGUGCUGCGCCUCCAGCGCCCCUGGACGUCCCUAGGGACCCGCGACUGCGCCUCCCACACAGGACGCGAGAUCCAAGUGCGCUCCCUGGCAGGUCCCGACCAAGGUGCGGACCUGAAGGAGCGGGAACAGAUGAGUGCAGUGGAGGUGGGGGUCUUUGUCCAGCGGCUCCGAGGCCUGAUGAGUGAGAUCGCAUCCUUCCCAGCACCCACCAUUGCAGCCAUGGACGGGUUUGCCUUGGGCGGGGGCCUGGAGCUUGCCUUGGCAUGUGACCUCCGAGUAGCAGCUUCCUCUGCUGUCAUGGGACUGAUUGAGACCACUCGAGGACUCCUCCCAGGGGCAGGAGGGACUCAGAGGCUGCCCCGCUGCCUGGGUGUGGCCCUGGCUAAGGAGCUUAUCUUCACGGGCCGACGACUAAAUGGGGUGCAGGCCCAUGAGUUGGGCCUGGUGAAUCAUGCCGUGGCCCAGAAUGAGGAGGGUGACGCUGCCUACCACCGAGCACUGGCGCUGGCCCAGGAGAUCCUACCCCAGGCCCCCAUUGCUGUGCGGCUGGGCAAAGUGGCCAUUGACCUUGGAAUGGAGGUGGACAUUGCAGCAGGGAUGGCCAUUGAAGGGAUGUGCUACGCCCAGAACAUCCCAACCCAGGACCGGCUGGAAGGCAUGGUAGCCUUUAGGGAGAAACGACUCCCAAAAUUUGUUGGCAAGUGACCCCACUUAACUUAAAGCAUGGAGACAUAUGCCAUAAAGGGCAGUAUCCUAAGGGAAGGUUUGCAGGCUGGCUCUCCUUGCUUCAUCCCGACUUCAGUUUCUUCACACAGAUGAUCAUUAUGAUUGGCAUGGUGCCUAGAAUGAAGGUUCUGACCAUACCACCCACUACCACCUUCCAUUUCCUUAUCCUGGCUAGCCACUGGGCUCAGGUCUACCCGGUUCUCUUAGAUAAGUUCUGAGUCUGUGUCACUGGCUCUCAGGCUGUGAACUCUGCCUUCUAGUGACUGGAACUCACUAGGGAACAGCAAGAGGAUAUAAGAAGCCUUCAUUUCUUCCUCUGCACAGAAAAAUCCAUCCAGGUUUGGGUGGAAUAGGUAUCGAGAGCUAGACCACAGAUUCCAACUCUGCAGGUUUACUGGGCACUUGAUUAAACCAUUUAACCUCUCUAGGAGUCUGCAUUUGUAUCUCUAAAUCAAUCAGUUGUGAUAACACUUUAAAAACCUCAUGUUCAAUAAAUAUGUUACAACUGUUAGUUCAUGCUGGA